AUUGGCGAAUCGUUGCCGGGAGGUAUUAACAUCAAGGUUACCGUAUACCGCGCGCUGACCAACAGCACCGCCGAUCCCUCCCAGCGAGUGGGCAUGCGAGAUAACGCCGCCGUCGACCGUCUCUCAGUCGGGCACGACGUACAAAGUACAGCUGUGCGACACACGGCGUUGUACUUUAGUUAUAAUUGUAUUUACAUACGUUGUUAUUAUUCAUCACAUUGUUUUGUUAUGGUCGUCAGUUGUGGUGCCGUUCAUUCAGUCGACACGACCGUCGAGUGUGUUUUAAUUAUUAAUAAUAAUGUUAUGCAGUUGUGUAUGAACCUACUCAUGUAAUAAUAAUAAUAAUAAUAAUAAUAAUAACAAUAAUAUCAGUUGUUGUUAUCAACAAUGAGACGGUAACUCACCGAAGUCGUCCCAUCUGUGUAUUGUUUGGGUCGUCCAUUAGCUCCGUCGAGUGUCGCGUUUAGCCGCUUUUGUUUACCAUCGACCAAGGUGCCUCCAACCUACUGCGUGAUCGAGAUCGACGACGGCUGUGGCGUCGUUCUGUUCACGUCGAUAUCCGUUCGACGAUAAACGUCUGUUCGAGUUAACGCCCUCGUGCCCUUCAACAGGGAGUGCUAUUAUGUGACAGCGAUUGCUGGGAUAUGUGCGACGACGACAAGCGAUUACAAAAGCCCAUCAAUGGAUUGGGCUGCCGUCAGGUGCACAGCGGUCAUACAACAUACGACGUUGGAAUUCCAUUGGAUGAGAGCAUGGACAUCAUCAAUCAACAGUGCCAAGAGAUUUACGAACUGAGGUCACAGCUGAACCUGGUGAUGAAUGAAAGGGACAUGUUGCUCAGUGAAGUUAGUCGUCUCAAAUUUGAUAUGGAACUCUAUGACCAGCGUAUGAUGUCCCAUGACACCACCACCAUCAGAGAAGACAAGUAUGACAAAAGCAAUAAUCGAAAUUUUUUGAACCAAUGUGAACAAUAUAGUCAUUGGACUGGUGCUAUGUCCAAAAAUAACAUGGUUCAACCAGAACCAUUUCAUACAUCUGCCUCGUAUGAGUUAUCACAAGAUUUGAUAGAAAAGCAGAUUGAGUUACUAGAAAGAAAAUAUGGAGGUGACAGAGCUAGACAAGCUGCACUAGUCAUUCAACGAGCAUUCAGACAUUACAUGCUGGUAAAAAAAUUUGCUCAUAUCACAGCAAUGGCAAAAGCUGAAAAAAGACUUAGUAAACGAUUGGAAGACACUCAAAGUUUACGAUCUCAUGAUAGUCAGCUGAGUAUAAGAUCAGGGUCAUUAAGAGAACGACGAUCAAGUUACUCACCAACCAAAUGUAACUCUCUGCCACGUUCUAGAUCUGGACGAUGUGAUUUAAAUUAUUAUUACAGCUUGGAAUCUUCUUGCUCUCAUUUCUAUUCAAAUAAUUACUCCUAUAACGAUAUGAAAGUAAACAAUAUUAGUGCAAUAAAUCCAGAGACGGCAUCUAAACAAUUUUUUUUUCAGGAUGAUAUCACUAGUCAAGUGGCCCAUCAAAUGAUGCCAAAUUUUUUAUGUGGAAACAGCCAUAACAAUAGUUCAGACACAUAUAGACAAGCACAUUCUGGUUCUGAUUGCAAUCAGUAUGGAAGCAGUAGCUCUUCAUCAUGUAUGUUUUCAGGGAGCUCAACUGGGUAUCCUUCUAACAUUUCCAAAAAUAAAGUUCCUCCCGAAGUUCCAAAACGAACUUCAUCAAUAUCGUUUCGCUCUUUACGGGAACAGCAUCAAAACAUAGCAGCCGGUACACUGAACAAAAUGUCAGAUAGUGGUAGCUUAUCAAGUGUUCAAUCUUCUGGUAGCGACGGUAGUCUUUCUAGUCAGUCACAUAAUUUAAAUCAAACAAAUUCUUCAGUUGACUCUUCCAUGUUGUCAAAUUCUAUAGUAUCUUGGAAUAAAAAAUCACAGAUUUCUGAUGUGAUUAGAAAACGUCAAUAUCGUAUUGGUCUCAAUCUCUUUAAUAAGAAACCUUCAAAAGGUAUUAUUUACCUUGUACGCAAAGGAUUCUUGGACAAUGCCCCUCAUGCAGUUGCAAGAUUUUUAAUAUCUCGUAAAGGCCUAAGCAAACAAAUGAUUGGCGAAUAUUUAGGAGAUUUACAAAAUUCAUUUAACACUGCUACCUUAGAGUAUUUUGCUCAAGAAAUAGAUCUCUCUGGUAUGCAAGUGGAUGUUGCACUACGCAAGUUUCAAACUUACUUUCGUAUGCCUGGCGAAGCUCAAAAAAUUGAAAGAAUCAUUGAAGUUUUUAGCCAUAGAUAUUGUCACUGCAACAGAGAUGUUGUGGCAAGAUUGAGAAACCUGGACACUGUAUUUAUAUUGGCAUUUGCAAUUAUCAUGCUCAAUACUGAUUUGCAUACUCCUAAUCUAAAACCAGAACGCCGAAUGAAAAUGAACGAUUUUAUCAAAAAUCUAAGAGGUAUUGAUGAUUGUUGUGAUAUUGAUCGAGAUAUGUUAGUUGGUAUUUAUGAGCGAAUUAAAGCAAAUGAAUUCAAACCUGGAUCAGAUCAUGUUACUCAAGUUAUGAAAGUGCAGUCAACAAUAGUAGGCAAAAAACCAAACUUGGCAUUGCCACAUCGUCGGUUAGUGUGCUAUUGUAGACUAUAUGAAGUACCCGAUAUUUAUAAAAAAGAACGACCUGGUGUUCACCAACGAGAGGUAUUCCUCUUUAACGAUCUUCUAGUCAUUACCAAAAUACUUUCAAAAAAGAAAAAUUCAGUAACCUAUACAUUUCGUCAAAGUUAUCCAUUAAAUGGCCUUACUGUUUCUUUGUUUCAAAUGCCACAUUAUCAAUUUGGUAUCAAACUUACUCAGCGUUUAGACAACCGUCUAUUGAUAACAUUUAAUGCACGAAACGAUCAUGAUCGUUGUAAGUUUGUAGAAGACAUUAGAGAAUCAAUAUGUGAAAUGGAUGAAAUGGAAAAUUUGAGAAUAGAGUCUGAACUUGAGCGUCACAGACAUGGUCAUAAUAAUCGAUCGGUUAAUAGCAAUUCGGAAAAUCGAGAUAGUGGAGUUGCAGAUAUUGAUCUGGGUCCGUUGCCCUCUCCACCAGUACACAGUCCCAAACCACGUACGGAUGAUACAUUUGAAAACAGUUCACCAUCACAGCAGGCUACACCAAAACGAGCUGCAUUGACUGUUACUUGAUAAUACAGCUAAUUUUAUUUUUAACAUACUAAGAAAUUUUUUCUAUAGAGCACCACCAUAUUUUUAUUUGUUUUUUUUAUUUA